AUGCAUUUGGAGAAGCUUGGCUUGACACUGGCCGUUUUGUCCCUCUGUGGACUUGGUCAUGCCGAGAGCCAGAUUACUUCUGACACUCACUUUUAUGGAGAUUCUCCCGCUGUGUACCCAUCACCAAAUGGCUCGGGAAGUGGUGAUUGGGCUGCAGCCUAUAAGAAGGCUAAUGCUUUGGUUAGCCAGAUGACAUUGGAGGAGAAGAAUAACCUCACUUACGGUAUCGACACUACUAGUACAAGCUGUGUGGGAGUAAUUGGAGCUAUUACUCGUCUUGGGUUCCCUGGUAUGUGUCUUCAGGAUGCAGGCAAUGGAGUCCGCAUGGCGGACUUUGUGAACAGCUACCCAAGUGGAAUCCACGUUGGUGCUAGUUGGAACAAGUCGCUUGCCCAUGACCGUGGUUGGCACAUGGCUGGCGAGUUCAAGACAAAGGGUAUCAACAUCGCUUUGGGCCCUGUUGUUGCGCCAUUGGGAAAAACAACUACAAAUGGAAGAAACUGGGAAGGUGCUGCUAGUGAUCCUUACCUGAGUGGUGUGCUUGCCGCACAAACUGUUGAGGGUAUGCAAGGACAAGGUGUGAUCUCAAGUGUCAAGCACUUCAUUGGAUACGAACAAGAGCUAUACCGCAACCCUAGCACCAACUCUGACAACGAGACUGUGGAGUCUGUCUCCAGCAACAUCGAUGAUAAGACAAUGCACGAAACAUACAUGUGGCCAUUCCAAGACGCAUUGAAAGCCGGUGCUGGAAACAUCAUGUGCUCUUACAACCGUGUCAACAACUCCUACGCUUGCCAGAACAGCAAGACACUCAAUGGCCUGCUCAAGACCGAGCUCGGCUUCAAUGGAUUUGUCGUGACCGAUUGGUAUGGUCAACACUCUGGUGUGGCUGCUGCAUUGGCCGGUCUUGACAUGGCGAUGCCUACCGGCCUGACCUUCUGGGGUUCUGAUUUCACCGAAGCCAUCAAGAACGGCAGUGUCCCUCUCUCUCGACUGGAUGACAUGGCAACAAGAAUCAUCGCAACAUGGUACCAGAUGGGCCAGGACUCAUCGAGCUACCCUUCCCUCGGCGUUGGAAUGCCCUACAACCUCAGUGCUCCACACGAGAUUGUCAGCGCUCUCACCAAAGAGGCCAAGCCCGUUCUUUUCGAGGGUGCCUUGGAAGGACACGUCCUUGUCAAGAACCUGAACAACGCCCUCCCUCUGAAGUCGCCAAAACUCAUCUCCGUCUACGGAUGGGAUGCUGCCGCUCCCCCAGCAUACAUGCCUAACACGGCCCUCACCUCUGAUCCCUGGGAGUACGGCUACGAGCCCGCGCUUGCCGCCGAAGCCGGCUUCCUCGGGAGCACCGACAUCAUCAACGAGCCAUACGACUACCAGGUCGCCUUCAACGGCACCCUCAGCGUGGGAGGUGGCUCCGGCGCCAACGCAGGCCCCUACAUCAGCGCGCCCCUCGACGCCCUCCAGCAGCGAGCAUACGAGGACAACACCGUCGUGAUGUGGGACACGAGCGUGAACCCCAACACGCUGGGCGUAAUGGAGGCCUCGGACGCCUGCAUCGUCUUCAUCAACGCCUUCUCCACCGAGGGCCUCGACCGCUCCGGCACAUACGACAGCUACUCCGACGCGCUCGUGACCAAGGUCGCAAAGACCUGCGCCAACACCAUCGUCGUCAUCCACAACGCCGGAACCCGCAUGGUCGAGUCCUUCGCUGACAACGCCAACGUCACCGCCAUCGUCUUCGCCCAUCUCCCCGGCCAAGACUCCGGCCGUGCCAUCGCCUCCCUGCUCUACGGCGACGACAACUUCUCCGGAAAGCUGCCCUACACCGUCGGCAAGAACGAGUCCGAUUACCCGUCCUACUGGCACGAUUACGCCGUUGCGCCCUACGAGCUCUUCCCGCAGUCCAACUUUACCGAGGGCAGUCUGACGGAUUACAAGUGGUUUGAUGCGAAGGGGAUCACGCCGCGCUACGAGUUCGGCUUCGGUCUUUCGUACACUACUUUCGGCUUCUCGGAGCUGAAGGUGUCCGGCCUGGAAAGCGGACUUGCGGCGUACCCUACCGGCCACAUUGAGCAGGGUGGUCAGGUUGAUCUGUGGGAUUCUAUCGUGACUGUUACGGCCACUGUUAAGAACACCGGAAGCAAGGCUGGUGCUGAGGUUGCUCAGCUUUAUGUUGGUAUUCCCGGUGCUGCGGUGCGCCAGCUUCGUGGAUUCGACAAGGUUUCGAUUCCGGCUGGCAAGUCUACUGAGGUUUCUUUCACGCUUGCCCGUCGUGAUCUGAGCACUUGGGAUGUGACGGCGCAGAAGUGGCUCUUGCAGAGUGGAGAGUACAAGAUCUAUGUUGGAUCGUCUAGUCGGGAUUUGCCUCUGACUACUACAUUGAAGAUUACUACUAAGUGA